UAAAAUAUUUAAUAUAUAAGGAGACUAUAAAUUUAAUUGAACAUAAAUCCAUAAGUGAAAAUGAGGUCCUACAUAGCUUGCGUAGUUGUUUUCUCUAUUAUUUGCGUUGCCUUAGCCCAAUACCUUACGCCAAUCCCUGGUGGCAAAAGUGGAGAAGGUAUAACAACCAGGUACUGGGAUUGCUGCGCACCAUCCUGUGCUUGGGAUCAAAUCGUUCACACUAAAAAUGGUGUUCCGAUUCAAACAUGUCUUGUUGAUGGAGUAACUCCGAGCGAGCGCAGUCAUAAUGGUCAAUCUGGCUGCGUUGAGGGAGGAACUGCAUUCACUUGUAACAGCCAGCAACCAAGGAUUGUUAACUCUUCCUUGUCUUAUGCUUUUGUAGCUGCUUCAUUUGCAGGUGGUUUAGACACAGAAGAUUGCUGCAUUUGUCUCGUCAUGGACUUCAAAGGUGAUCUCAGUGGGAAGAGGCUUAUAGCUCAAGUCACAAACACCGGAGCAGCUCUGGAGGAAAACCACUUCGACAUUCUAAUACCAGGUGGAGGUGUGGGCGUGUUUCCACUUGGAUGUUCUAGACAAUGGAAUGCUCCAGCUACUGGUUGGGGUGAGCAAUAUGGUGGAGUUACUAGCGAGGAACAGUGCAGCGAGUUACCCGCAGUAUUGCAAGAUGGGUGCAGAUGGAGGUGGACCUUUAUGAACGGAGUUUCUAAUCCUAAUGUAUCUUUCUACCAAAUUAAAUGCCCAGCUGAAUUAGUUGAUAUUAGUAAAUGUGGAGAUAUGUAAAUUUUCGAUAAUAAAUUGUUUUGAC